CGGGAGUGACGGACGGCGACGGAUCCCUGCAGCGUGGCUGCCCGCACCGCAAGACGGGAGAGAUCUUUCCUCCCCAGAUAGAUUCCAGCGACGAUGUGCGACUCGCUAAUCUGCAGGAAUUAGCCUCAAGAUAUCGGGGCUGGGGUUUUCUUGCGUUGGCGAUUGAACGGAGCCACAGAAAUGGGGGCUGAGAACAGCGGCUAAUUUUAGCCCAGCCCCCACGGAGGAAAAAGCCGCUCGCCCCCACAAGAAAUCGCGGCGAUCUAUCGUUUUAUCUAUUCGCCUGGCCGCCGAGCUCAAAUUUCCGUUUUGGUUCGAAGAGCCAAUUCGAUUUGGUUUCUCGCGUGGGCGGGAGAGGAUGCAGUCUGUGGGCGUGAGCUCGCCGGCGCCGGUGCCGGUGCGGACGGCCGUGGGGAUGCGGCGGCGGCCAGCGACCGCGAGGUGGCCACGGAGGAGCUCGUCCGCCGCCCGGAGGGCGGUCGUGGCGGCCGCGUCGUCGUCGCCGCCAUCGUCGGAUGCCAACUCGAGCUCCAACUCGCCGGGUAAGGACGAGGAGACGGAGGAGGCCGCCGCGCGGAGGGAGGAGGGCGACAAGGCGGCGGCGGCCUUCUUGCUGAGGAGUCAGAAAUACGCCAUGCUCAAGCAGCAGCUCGCCGUGGCCGCCCAACUCGAGGAUUAUAAGGAGGCAGCGAGGCUGAGGGACUCGCUGAGGUCGUUCGAGGAGGAGGAGCCCGUCCUCCGCCUCCGCCGCUCGCUGAAGAAGGCAGUCGAGGAGGAGAGGUUUGCGGAUGCUGCCAAGUACAGAGAUGAGUUGAUGAUUUUGGCUCCACACUCCCUCCUCAAAUGUUCCAGUGAUGCUACAACUGUGGGGGUAAGAGUUCAAGUCAGGAGUGUCUAUAUUGAAAGCCGGAGCCAGCCAUUGAAGGGAAAGUUCUUUUUUGCCUAUAGAAUCAGGAUUACAAAUAAUUCUCAGCGUGCUGUUCAGCUUCUCAGGCGACACUGGAUCGUCACUGAUGCAAAUGGAAGGACAGAGAAUAUUUGGGGUGUGGGCGUAGUGGGAGAGCAACCUGUCAUAUUCCCAAAGACUGGUUUUGAGUACUCAUCGGCAUGCCCAUUGAACACUCCAAAUGGGAGAAUGGAAGGUGAUUUUGAGAUGAAGUACAUCGACAAGGCUGGGUCCUCAACAUUCAACGUUGCUAUCGCACCAUUCUCUCUGUCGAUCCUUGGGGACGACAACCACGUUCCUCUCUGAACGCUAUCGAGUAUCACACUAGUUUGAAGAAUGCCCAUUGCCAGUAUGAAACUGCACAAACAAGAGUAAUGUUGUUGGUGUACUAGUUAGAGCACGUGCGUUACUUUGUCCAGCCUGAUGAUACACCAGUUUGCAAGAUCUUGUCCAGCUAACUGCAAAAUGGUGAAGGAUUUUGGGUGCAAGAUCAUACACGGUUUAGUGAAAUAUAUGGAAAUGUGCAUGGAUUUUGUGGCUUAAUGUAUCAGUUCCACUUUUACAUGUACAGCUUGUAUAACGAUAGGGACCCUGUUGAUUUGCAUGUCUCGUUAUCA